AUGCAUGAACUGAAGAGAGUGUAGUCUUGGUCUCUCUUUCUUAUAAUCUCCACAAAAAUAUAAUCGAAGAAGAAGAGUAAUGGAGAACGGCAACGGCUUGAAGAUAAUGGAGAAUGGUUUGAAUUUGAAGUUGCAGAACGGUACGCACUGGGGUUUCAGAGGGAACAGAGACCUGGAUACACCUCCUGAAAUCACCAUUAGAGGUGUUCUGGGUAUGCUCAAGGACACUCUUGAGCCUGCAGACCCUAGACCCACCAUCCCUCUCGGCCAUGGCGAUCCCUCUUGCUUUCCUAGCUUCCGUACCGCCGAGGUAGCUGAGAAAGCCGUCGCUGAUGCUCUUCACUCUGCUAAUUUCAACUCUUAUGCUCCCACCGCUGGUCUCCCUUCUGCUCGCAGGGCUGUGGCAGAGCAUCUCUCUGUUGAUCUUCCAUACAAGUUAUCAGUUGAUGAUGUUUACAUCACCAUUGGUUGUACACAAGCGAUUGAAGUGGCGCUAUCUGUUUUGGCUCGCCCUGGUGCAAAUAUUUUGCUUCCUAGACCUGGUUUCCCUGUCUAUGAGGCUCGUGCUGCUUAUAGCCAUCUCGAAAUACGCUUCUUUGAUCUUCUUCCUGAGAAGGGUUGGGAUGUCGAUCUCGAUGCCAUUGAAGAUCUUGCAGAUGAGAACACAGUUGCAAUGGUUAUUAUUAACCCGGGCAAUCCUUGUGGGAAUGUCUUCACUUAUCAACAUUUGGAGAAGGUUGCUGAAACUGCGAGAAAGCUUGGAUUUCUGGUAAUUUCAGAUGAGGUUUAUCAUCACCUCACUUUUGGGAGUAAACCAUUUGUGCCUAUGGGAGUAUUUGGUGACAUUGUCCCAGUUCUUACUCUUGGCUCCAUAUCCAAAAGAUGGAUAGUGCCUGGUUGGAGAGUAGGUUGGUUGGUGAUAAAUGAUCCUAGUGGAAUCCUUAAAAAGACUAGGAUUGUUGACUGCAUUAAGGGCUAUCUCAAUAUCUCUGCUGAUCCAGCAACUUUUAUUCAGGGGGCACUUCCUCAAAUCCUUGAGAAAACAAAAGAAGAUUUCUUUCAGAAGAUCAUAAAUAUGUUGAAGAACACUUCAGACAUUUGUGAUCAGAGACUAAAGGAGAUUGAUUGCAUUACUUGUCCACAUAAAGCAGAAGGAUCCAUGUUUGUAAUGGUAAAAAUGAAUCUGGGACUUCUAGAAGACAUUAAGGAUGAUAUGGACUUCUGCUUCAAAUUGGCGAAAGAGGAAUCUGUGAUUGUUCUUCCAGGUGUUGUGGUGGGACUGAAAAACUGGCUCCGCAUCACCUUUGCUAUCGAUCCAUGUUUUCUUGAAGAUGGCUUGGGGAGAUUAAAAGCUUUCUGCCAUAGGCAUUCCAAGCACGAGUAAGGGAACUACAUAUCAUUGGUGUGAACCAUUUGGGAGCAGAUCGUCAACUGCUCGUUGGUUGUCAAGCUCCAUUGUAUUGUUGUGACCAGUUAGCUGUCCUUAGGUUUAUUGAGCAUUUUAGCUUUAGGAAAUCAUCUCAAUGAAAUAAUUAUCAUAUUAAUGAAAUCCCAGCAAGGGAUAAUGUUCCCAGUCCGGCUAUAGCAUAUUAAUGAAAUCCCAGUAAGGGAUAAUGUUCCCA